AUCAAACAUCUCUUUUGUUCUAUAGUUGAGAAGAAGCAAAGGAAGAAUGGCAGCCCCAGCAAUCUACGAUGUCCUCAUCAUUGGCGCCGGCCCAGCAGGCCUCUCAACGGUCCUUGGUCUCGCGCGCCAAACAUACUCGGCACUGGUUUUCGACUCAAAGCGAUACCGCAAUGCCCCGGCAGACCGAAUGCAUAACGUCUUGUCUUGGGACCAUAAAUCCCCAGCAGAGUUUCGCGCCGCCGCAAGAGAAAACAUACUGUCAAGAUAUAAGACUGUUGAUUUUAGGGAUGCUACCAUCGUAUCGGCUUCAAAAAGAGCAGACGGCCUGUUUGAAUUAACAGACAAAGAGGAAAACAAGUAUCACGGCAAGAAACUUGCCCUUGCAACUGGAGUUACGGAUAUGUUUCCUGAUAUUAAGGGGUUUGGUGAUCUAUGGGGGAAGUUGAUAUUCCACUGUCUAUUCUGCCACGGUUUCGAAGAGCGCGGUGCCUCGUCUGCGGGGAUUCUAGCGAUCGGCGCGCUCACCCAGCCCUUCAUGCUCUUGCACGUUGCACGUAUGGCUGCUCCACUGGCCGAGCAACUUACAAUCUACUCGCAUGGAGACAAGGAGCUCACUACGCAACUGAAAGACGAGUUCGAGGGAAAGCCUUUGACGAUUGAGUCGCGCAAAAUUAUAUCCGUUGAACGGAAAGGGGAGAAUAAAGUUAUACUCCAGCUGGAAGACGGCGAGAGCAGAGAGGAAGGGUUCUUGGCUACCAUGCCUUCGGUCAAGGUCAACGGUCCCUUCCACGAGCAGCUAGGUCUGGAGGUGGAUCCGGCAGGCUUUAUCAAGGUGAAUGCGCCUUUCAAUGAGGCCAGCGUCCCUGGCGUCUUUGCAAUGGGUGAUUGUGGUACGAUGAUGAAGACGGUCUCUCAGGCGAUGGCCAUGGGGUCUUUUGGAGCAGCUGGGUUGGUAUCACAGCUGGGUGCUAUGGGGAAGCUGUAA